UAGAUCUAUUAGUAAUUAUAGAGAUAGAUUUAAAUCUAGUAGACUGUAGACAAGGUCUAGAUAUAGAUCGAGAAUAUAAAUCCUAACUUCUAGACCUGUGGGUUAAACGUUAUGUAUCAACAGACAACACAAAAUGGCAUGAGCGUCACUAGAUCUUGAUAAUUAAAUUGAUUAUUCUUGGUCUAGACUCUCUAGAGACUAUAGAUCUAGAUCUAGAGUCUAGAGAGUUAGAGAGUAGAACUUCGAACUUUUCUGAAGUCAGUGAAGAGUCACCGAAGAGCAAGAGACAUUCAUUGACAAAAGAUCCUAUACAUACUAUAGAUCAAUGGGUUGCUGCAAAAGUACUCUGAAUGAUUCAAGCAGCGACAACUCUACUAGAAGCAACUUAGAUGGUGUAGUUCCAGAGGCCAAUCCAGAGGUGGGUAGAGAAAUCAAUGUGACUCUUCCAAAUGGAAAUAUUGUUAAUAGUCGAGCAUACGAAAUUCAAACUGCUGGAGAAUUAAAAGUUGACUGCUUAAAUCAACAUGCCGUUAACCUUGAAAACAUUGAAGUUGUUGCUGUGUGUGAAAACAAUCAACAAAUAGUUCUUGAAGAUAAUCAAGAGUUGGCUGAGAAUUUAUGGAGACUACAUAACAUUUUACUGCGACCCAGAAUGCCUAAUGAUGAUCUCAUGAAUGCCAUUCAUUUAAGGCAAAACCCUCAACAACUAUGACACAACCAAUUUUAGACCACAGUGACCUAAUAUAAUGUGAGCAUGCAUGUGGCUGUAAGUGUGUCUCUAUGUUAGAUGAAAUUAUUGUAAUGUCAAAUCUUUUUUCCUUAUGAGAUCCGUUUGAGUUGUGGUUGAUUUAGUCAUUUCUCUUCAUUUUUAAACGUUGUCAAUUAGUUAAUACAGGUUUUGGGUAGAGCCUAUCAUAAAAUGAUGUAUUGAAUUCUUGACUUGCACAUUUACAUAAAUCAUACCUGUAACUAAGAUGUACAUUUCAUUUAUUGUUACAUAGUAAUGAAACAUACUAAUGUUUUUUGUUUUCAAUCUGUUUCUGAAACUAAAAAUUGCCUUAUGUUUGUAAAAUAUUUUAUUUUAUUGAUGAUUGUUUUGUGAUAGUUCAUUCAUUGUAAGAUAACAUUUAAUUUAGUCAUCUGAAAGGGUGCUGUAGAUACAACCUUUCUGUGUUGACAAGCGGUUUGUGAGCCCUAUACAGAAAUUCCCAUCUUUUCUGAAAAUAAGUAGGCUUUAACCUUAUUUAGAAGUCUUGAUUUACUCCUCUAAGGCCAUUUUGGCUUUUAGUGGCCAAAACUUGCAUUAGUCACCUUUGUUUGGUGUGCUAUUUGGCACAGCAAAGAUUUAAAUGGUAGAAGUCUAUGAAUCUACCUGAAUUUACCGGAACUGACUAUAUUGAGCACUGUCUUAAUUUUUUUCUCUAACCAAUUUGCUAUGACCAACAAAAGCUAAUCUGAGAUCUACUUUUUCUUUACAUGCUGCUACGUUUGGCAGCAAUGUAAUAUUGUGAUGAUUACUGUUUUUAGUGCCUAAUUUUGUGACUAUUUAAUGUUCAUGAUUGUGUUUUCCCUGGCUAAUUAACUUUUCUUCAAUUUAUACUUUUUAAAAUUGUCUUCUCUAGAAUCUUAGAAACUUCUAUUCUAAGUAUUUCUAUUACCUAUGAUCUUCUAGAAUCUGAUGUUCAUUCCUUUUCUCCGACUUCAUACUCUGAUUGGUUACUUCUAAUUAAUGCAUGCUUACUCUGUGAACUUCUUUUGACCUGACCUUUUCUAGAAAGAAGUAGAAUGAGGUCACAAUAUCGAUUCAUGAUAAUAUCAUAUUGUUUUUUCUACAAAACCAGGACCAAUUUAUGGUAAGUGGAGGCCCCAGGCAGGAUUUUUCAAAAGCUUUAAUAAAAAUCUACUAUUAUUAAUAAUACUUAUAUCUAGAAGCCUGUCACACACACAUAUAUAUAUAUAUAAUAAAGCUUGUCUGAAGACUGAAGAUUAAUGAGGAAUGCAGUAUUUCCCAUGGCUAUGCAGCCCCAGCUCUGACCUACAUAUUUUGCCACAUCCAUUUAUAUAUAUAAAUUAUAAAUAUUUGAAGUAAUAGAGUGCUUGUAAAUUCAAUCUCAUUUCCCUUUUUUUAAAUAAAAUUAAUAUACAUAUUUUAGUAAGUAAAAAAAAUGCAUAUUUUUUAGUUUGUUAAAGGUAAGGUCCUUGGUUGACGGACACUUCCUAACUAUGACAGUGUUGCCAGUCAUAAGAUUUAAGUAUUGUUGGUAAAAAUUUGAAAAUAAACAUUUAAAAAAAAAAAAAAGUAAAAGUUUCUCACCUGUCAUAAUUGUGGAGGACACCCUCACUUGUGGAAGUCCAUGGGCAGUAGCCCUGCCUGCUUCCUUUAAAUCAGGUCCUGUUUAAAACUUAUAUUGUCCAACUUUGUCCUGUUUAAAACUUUUAUUGUCCAACUUUUCUACAUUUUAAAAUACUUCUUAGAUUCUCCAUAUUUGAAAAAAAAAAGACACUCCCUUCAAUACUAUGAAAGUAUUUUGCUCAUUUUUACUAUUUUGGGGAAGAGAAGGUAGAAAGGCAAGGUUGAAUUGAAAAAUUGAAUGAAUAUACAAGGUAUAAAAUAUGCCUUACAGUACAGUGAAAGUAUUUUGUUUAGUUUUUUAAAUUUAUAUCUUCUUGUGCCAAGUCUUUAUCUUAUUGUCACAUUUUGAUAAAAGUAUUAUACCAGUGAUGUUUUAUGUUUGUAGGUAGUCACUUAGUGUUCGAUGUACCAAUGCUUGCAUAUUCAAUGUUGAAAAUGUUGUUUUAUUUUAAUUUAUUGAAUGCAAUUUAGUAUAAUAUCUUUUUGAUACAAUUCAAGAGUCACAUGAAUCAAUUAAGUAAUGCAGCAUAUGAAUUUGUUACGCACUAUCCUUUGUUGCCUACAUGUAUGCAUAUACCCCAAAAGAUAUACUUUCUAUUGUAUUAUUUAACAAAAAGGUGUAAUGUCAUUGACCGAGAUAAAACAUCUUUAGCUACUGUCUACCACACCAAAGCCAUCUUAUUCUAAUGUUCAUAUUUAUUGUUCAAAAACUAUCCCUUAGCCUUCUACUCAUUGUUUGAAUGUGAAUUUAUAUUUUCUUUAUAUUAUUUUGCCUAUAGGAGGGUGAAGUAAUGCAGGUCAUUAUGAUUUUUAAAUAAAAGUAUAGAUUUUUUAAAAAGUAAUAAAAAAUACCAUUUUAGCACUACUUAGUGGGGCAUUGAUAUUAAUAGACUUCAUAUAACAUUGACACAUAUGUAAUGGUAUGGAGUUAAAUUAACAAUUUUUCAUAAAAAUAAAUACUUCUGAAAAAAAAGUUAAA